CCAGUGUCUAAAAGGGCCCAGAGCACCUGGGACUGACAAGCUGCUGCACCCACCACCACCUAAUCCCAGCCUAAUAAGGAAUUUGAGCCAUCAGAGCCUUUCCAUCCCCAGACCUGGAUGGUUCAGCUUGUGAGUGAGUGUACUCAUGAAGAUCGAAUACAGCCCAGUGGGGAUUGAGAGCAUGAUGUCAGCUCAGGAUCUCGUGGCCUGCCUCUGCCAGCAGGGGGACAAGCACCUGGCCCUGGGGGAGCUGCCCUUAGCCACAGCCUUCUACCUGGCUGCCUUCAGUUGCCAUGCCCCUUCAGCCGUGCGGCACGUGCGGGCCGUCCUGGCUGAUGAGGCCCCAGGGUCGCCUGUGGUGGCCACACUGGAGGCCUGGUGUCGUGGGGACAGUCAGAUCCCUGAUAUCCACUGGGAUGGCAUGGCAGUGGUCUCCCUGACUGGGCCACUGGCCUCUGCCUUCCUCGGUGCCAUUUACCCGGACCACCCUGCCACUGUCCUGUACCUUUUGGCUGGCCUGCUAGCCCAUGGGCGCCACACGGAGGCGGUACAGCGCUGCAGUGCCCUGCUGGACGCACACUCCCAACAGACCCUGGAGCUGCAGCUGACUCGUGCCCUGGCCUGGGUCCUGUCCGUGGACCAGGCCGGUGAGGGCAUAACUGCGUAUCUUCAGGCCUUUGCCUCCAGUGCAGACCGGACAGUGGCUUUCAUCCGUAGCCACCAGCAGCCCUACCUCCCCACGUUACUUGGCACCCUCCAGAACUACCUCUCAGGACGCCUGAAGGACGCUGGGAGCACCACCCCUCAGGAGACCCACUGCCGAGAACUCCUGGAGGCCCUGGACCCCAGGGGCAGCUGGGUGGAUGCCUUGUCACCCAAAGCUCUGCUUCGCAGAGGCAGGUUUGAAGACUGCCUGGCAGCAUGCAGCCGGGACCUGCAGCCUGACUCAACGGGGAGCAGACCCCAAGGUGAGCACCUGGCGGCCCUGCUAGUCACCCGCGCAGCCGCGGCCUUCUUCCUGGAUGGCCGAGCCGGGGACAUGCUCCUGGACCUACAGGAGGCCUUCCGUGAGAGUCCUGCCGCGGCACGGAGGCAUUUCCAGACCCUGCUGUCUGCUGAAGACCGCCAACGCGUGCAAGCUCAGGCGCAGGAGGCCGCUGAUGUGGGCUUCUCCCGCUUCCUGGAGGCUGUGCGAAGCCGCCAGGAGCUGCGGGAGGACGCAGACCGCGAGCUCUUGGUUCCUGUGACCCACGCGCUCCAUGUCCUGUUCCGCGUGGCGCCCGCCCGAAGGCGACCCGAGCUAGGGAUCCGCCUGGUCGAGUGCCUGCUGCUGGCCGGGGACGUGGUGGGGGCUCGAACACAGUGUGAGCGCCUCUUGAGGCCCAGGCGUCCUGGGGAGCGCGUAGGGGACCGCACCGGAGACUUCGCGCCGCUACUGGCGCUGCGCGGCUUCUGCGCGCUGCACGCGGGCGAUGCGCGGCGCGCCCGCGAGGACUUCCAGGCGGUGGUGGAGCGCGGGGCGCCGCAUGCGGGAGGCUGUGUGCGCGCGCUGUGCGGCCGAGGGCUGCUGCGGGUGCUGGAGGGCAGCACCUUCCUGGGCGCGCUGGACUACGUCACCGCCUGCCGGCUGCGGCCGGAGGAGGUGCUGCUAGUCGCCAAAGCCUAUGUGCCCUGGAACCAGCGAGGGCUGCUGCUGACGGUGCUGCGGGAAGAGGGCCGCAGGAUGCUGCUGCGCUCGCCGGGCUGUGUGAGGAAGGCUGCUCAGGGGGUCGGCCCCGCUGCACAGGUGCAGGAAGGGGAUGCCUAUGGUGUGUACCAGCUGGCCAUGCUGCUGAUGGAGCUGGACGCGGAGGAUGAGACUUCCUGCCUCUUGGUGGCUGAUGCCCUGUACCUCUUGGGCCGCCUGGAUGAUGCUCACAAAUCCCUGCUGAUUGCCUUGUCCCGGAGGCCCCAGGCAGCCCCUGUGCUGGUGCGGCUGGCCCUGCUUCAGCUGAGGAGGGGCUUCUGCUAUGAUGCCAACCAGCUGGUGAAGAAGGUGGCCCAGUCUGGGGACACUGCCUGUCUCCAGCACACCCUGGACAUCUUCCACCAUGAGGACCUGAAGCUGCUGCAAGGCCACUGCCACACACGGGCAUUAAGCAUACUUCGGGCACGACCAGGCGGGCCAGACAGCGAGGCCCACACCAGGGAAGCCAUCACCUACCUCUCUCUGGCCAUCUUUGCCACAGGGAGGCAGGCCAGUGAGUCCCUCCUCACCCGAGCCCGCUGUUACGGACUCCUGGGUCAGAAGAAGACAGCCAUGUUUGACUUCAACUCCAUUCUUCGGGAGGAACCAAGGAAUGUGCAAGCUCUGUGUGGACGAGCCCUUGUGCAUCUGGCCCUGGACCAGACUCAGGAAGCUGUGGAUGACAUGGUCUCCGCCCUGAAGCUUGACCCAGACACUGUCAUCUCUGAGAUCCACUCUCUGAAGCCAGAAGUUCAGUUGCCCCUCACACUGGGCCUCCAUGCCCACUGCCAGGUCCUCCUGAACCAAUGCUUGGAUGCCGGAGGCCCCAUCAGGGAAGAGGACACCCAGAGCCUCCUUGCCGUGGGGAAGGCACUGAUUAGAAUUGAUACUGCACAGCCCAGUUGGCACCUGCUUCUCACAGAUAUCCUCACGGUGCUGGGUAAGUAUCAGGAGGCUGGCACCCACUUGAAAGAAGCCCUACAGCUCAGCCCAUCAUCAGAGGCUGCCCAAGCCCGGCAAGGCUUGCUCCAACUUAAAAAGGGAGAUGUGUCCGUUGCUACCCAUGACUUGCAAUGCCUGGCAGAGUCAGACACUCAGGACCUCAUCUUCCUGCUUCGUCUCCUUGAGUCCCCAGAGCGGCAGAGUCUCACCCAGGCCGCUGCCAAGGAAGCAAGCAACCUCUUGGAUUUAGGACAGCCAGGGCUGGCACUGGGCUACUGUUCUUUGGCUGUCCUGGCUGGAGGCAGCAGUCCUUAUCACCUGCGUCUCCGAACGGCCUGCUUGACCCAGCUACAGGAGUAUGACCGGGCACUCAGCGACCUGGACCACGUGCUGCAGGAGGGUGCAGGGGACAGUGACCUGCCACAGCGGACAGAGGAUUUCUGCUCUCGGGGUCGCCUGCUGCUGAGUCUGGGGGAUAAGGAUGGAGCGGCAGGGGCCUUCAUCCAGGCCUUGGCCCUGUCACCAGCCCAAGCUCAGAGCAGCCUGUCAAAGCAACCAGGCCGGGUCCCCACAGCCGGUGUGUUCCUGGCCCAUGGGCAGCGCUGUCUGGAGGAGCAGCGCUAUGAGGAGGCCUGGACGGCAGCCCAGAAUGGCCUCCUGAUGGACCCCAGCCACAGUGGGCUGAAGAGACUGAAGAUGAGGACUCGCAAGGAGGUGGCCUCUGGCUGCAGACUGCACUGACCAGCAGUAGCUAGCCCACCGGACACCCCCACCAGCACCUGGCCUCUCAUUCAGGGUCACGUGACUCCUCAGACCAUUCUUCCCUGUCCUUUGCUUUAGGACUAAAGAAGACCCUUCCGGCUUAUGCAGAACAGCUGUCCUGGGCAGCUCACAGCCCCACUAAGGAGGCAGCUCAUCCUCUCUGCUCAAACCUGGCCUUGGAGCAGCCACGGGCAAGAUUUGGGCUGGUACCGUAGAGUCUUGGGGGAGACGUGGUAUCCCGUGGAGCCCUCCCUGGGAAGAAAGCAGCUUAGGCUGGGCCUGGACUGCCUUCCGCAUCAACCUUCCAGAUUCUUGGGUGCCUGUGUGGAACUAGCUUUGCAAGGUCACUCACCAGGGAACUCCAUGCUCACGCCAACAAGCACAGCCCAGGCAGCCCCUUCCCUCCACAGGUCCCUGAAUCCUCUCGCAAGGUUGAGAGACCUCAGGCUUACCACUUGGUCUGGCCGUGUCCAAAUGGCCAGGGUGUGAUUUGGUGGCUUCUGAGCUUCGACAGCGGUUUCCUUACGUGGGCAGACUUCCCAUCCAGUCUUGCUCCCUGUCAUGGGGCUCCAGCCUGUCUCCAUCACUCCCACCGUCACCACCAAAGCUGUCAAACAGAGGCCAGGCUGGGGGCUGCUUGGCAUGAAGUGGUACAAACCCCUUCCUGGGGUUUUCCUGUGAGGGUGAGGGCAAUGCGUCUGGAUCUUGAGCCCUUCCCUUUGCCCUGGGCUGCCCUCUCUGCCCCUCCCUCCUGCAGGCUUUAGCCCCAUAGAAAAACCCACUCUCUUACCCCAUAAACAGACCAGGCUGGGAUACACAGGAUUCCUGAUCCUGCCCAUCCCCCAAGCAGCGAUGAAGCCACUAGGUGGGGUUAGCAGUCCCCUUCCUACUGAAGGCUACCUCGUCAUCCCUCCAUGGUAUGAGAGCCCUCCUCCUCCCUGCUGCUAGGGUACCUGAGAUCCACCAAGCUCUGCCUCAGUGGGUCAGCCCAUUCCAAAGGGGACCAGGAAGAGCAGGGAGCCUAGAAAGGCCUCUUCAUGGGGCACAGCCUGGCUCCUGCCUUCCUUCCCCACUGCAGUCUCUAAGGUAGCCUGAUGCGCCUCUCCCCAUGCUGUCCCCUGCACCCACCACACCUCUCUCCACCUGUGCAUUCCUUGGCACCGUGGACACUUGGCCGACGCCCAGCAUGACCAAGGUCAAGGGGCCACUGAAUCCUGGUGGCUGAAGGUGGAUCUCAGCAGGAAGGUGGAGGUGGCAGGCAGUUGUCGCCCGGACAUGCUCUCCCCACCCUGUGCCUUUUGCUCUUGCUGUCCCUCAACGUUCGUCCACUCAAGGACAUCUCAGUCCUUGUCGUUCUAAGCACGAAAGUACCGGAGUCUGGCAGAGCUACUCCCGGCCCUUUCCCUUUCCAGCCACAAGGGGGCAUCCCUCCUCACCUCAUGGCUCAUCCUACAUGUAUGCGUGAGCAAUCACACACACACACACACACACACACACACACACACACACACACACCAUUGUUCACCUUGCUGCGGUCUGAGUGUAUUCCCAGGAUUCAUGAGUUCAGAUCCCACUACCAACGGGAUGGUGCCACGGUGUGGAGUCUUGCUGGUGGGGAAGAGUUAGAUCCGGAGCCUUAGAAAAUGGGAUGAGCGGCUUUUUAAGACACUUCAGCCUGCCCACGGGUGAGGACAGGGUGGGAAGGUGCCACCUACAAGCCAGGAUGCCACGCCCCACAUGCCUACCAGUGCCCAGCCUUGGACUUCCACAACUGUGAUAAAUAAAUCUCACUCCAUAAGGC